AUGCGAGACACGCCCCCGCUAGUAGUCGACGAUAUAGACCUCCUACGAGGCCACCCCUCAACGCGGCUUCUGGCAACCUCACAAAUCGCUGAUGCCGCCGCGGUGGUCCUGAACUCGCCGUCGCUCCCGGUCGACAGCUAUACGGAGAUUCGGCAUCCGCUGCAUUAUGCGAGUGAGAUGGGGAACAAGGACGUCCGUGGCGAGAUUGGGAAGUGGACGAGUGAGCGGUAUGGGUUGAAGGAGGAGAUUGGGUUAGAGCGGAUCCUGAUGACAUCCGGUGCCUCGUUCGGGCUUAUGAAUGUCCUGAUGCACUGCACCAGCCCUAUUACUGGUUACACCAAGCAGGCAUUCCUUAUCAGCCCCGCCUAUUUCCUGGCCGCUAAAAUAUUCGAAGAUGCUGGUUUCACCGGUAAAUUAACCGCCAUAGCAUCGACUGCCACCAGCAUUGAUUUUGCCGCCCUGCGCCGUCACCUACAACAUCUAAAUGAGAGCACUCCCGACGUCCCUCUCUCUGACGGCCUCGCCCCAAUCUCCCGUGGUGUCCCAAAACGUAUCUAUAAGUUUGUCCUGUACUGUGUCCCAACAUACUCCAACCCUACGGGGCAAACCUGGGAUCUGGAGACCCGCCGCGAGCUUGUGAAGCUUGCGCGGGAAUUUGACAUACUACUGGUAUCUGACGAUGUGUACGAUUUCCUCGGGAACGAGGGCGAUAAGUGCGCAAUUGGUGAAGACGGGAAGCUGUUACCUAGGUUGGUCACUAUUGAUCGAGAGCUCGUGGAGAAACAGGAUGAGCUAGCUACAGGAGCAGGAUAUACUGUCAGUAACUGUUCAUUUUCAAAGCUUCUGGGGCCCGGAUUGAGGUGUGGCUGGAUCGAGACCACGACGGGUGUGUUAGCUGAGCAGAUCGGAUGCGUGGGCGCCAAUAUCAGUGGCGGCAACCCCUCCCACUUCGUCUCAACCCUGAUACACCACGUCGUCAAAACGCGCACAAUCGACAGCAUCAUCGGCACCCUCCGGCAGACCUACACCGCCCGCUGCGCCGCCAUCAUAGCAGCAAUCCGCGAGCACCUCCCCGCCGGGACCGAGAUCUGCGGGGGCAACGGCGGCUUCUUCAUGUGGGUCGGUCUGCCCGAAGGCUACGAUGCCCGCAAGAUUGCCCGCAUCGCGGAGGAGCAAGAGGGGGUGAGGGUCAUGAAUGGGGAUAUGACGGAAUGCCCUGGGGACCGUAAUAGGAUGGGGUGGGGGGAUAGGUGGCUCAGAAUUACUGAGAGUUAUUGUGAAGAGGAUGUGGCAGUGGAGGGGGUGAGGAGGUUAGGGGCUGCUGUGAAGAGAUGGAAAAGCGAAUCCGGGAGCGGAGCGGAGGGUGCGUUGUAA